AUGGCCGCCCUCUCCUGCUACCAACCCUGCCGCUCGCAUCUUGCACAGCCUGCUAGGUGCCUAGACGAGGACGAACGUCAACACUCUGCAACCCUCUCUCUCCGUCGGCGUCAGUUCAUCGAGCGAUGUCAAGAGAACCGCGGCCCCCGGCACCGCGAUCAAAUCCCUGAGGUUUCAGUCAAAAGAACCAGGGAGGAAUUGGCGAAGCAUGCGUCGCAGGCAACGCUUUUGACUCGUCGGCUCAACGUGGAGUCGGGCUGGUCGAAGGUCGAGGAGGUGCGGAAGAAGUUCGAGAGUUCGACUGAUUCGACGUCCUUUUCUAGGUCGUUUGAAUCGCCGCCACGACGCCGCCUAGCUGAUUCCCUUUUCGCCAGUUUCAAAUUACCGCGAAAGAAGGAUAACAUGGCUGCUCCACGAUCCCUCGCCCCGCAGCCCCAGCAGAAGCGCAAAUCCGCCGUGGAACUGCUUGCUGAGACCAAAGCCUUCUAUGUCAAGUCUGAAACAGUGCUAGAUAGGAAGCAGGAGUUACCACUGAGGGUAAGCAGCGGCCUGAGCCAGGCGAUUGCGUCCGGCGGUUGCCACUUGAUCAGUUCGGGGACCAUCAACAACGAUACCUGUUGCAACCCAUACGCGACAACCAGAAGCGCUGGAGCUGGGCGACGGUCUGCUGGUGGGGGCGAGGGACUGCAGAGCACUCUGCGUAGAUUGCUCGAACAUUCCGACAGUAGGGAGAACAUUUACACGCCCGGAUACGCAAUUUCGCACAAAAUAUACGCUGACAGCCGUCGUCUGAAGGACUCAUGUCCGGAACGGGAACCGAUGCCCCGUUCCCAGUACACGUCCGGAACAUUUUCCGGCACCUCGUCAUCCGGGACAUCGGGCUCCAAAGCGCACAAGUCCGAUCCGGACCGGGACAAAAAUAGGCCCAUGAGCUUCGGCGAUGCGAGAGUCUUCUUUCCGGAGUCAUUCGUCAUACCGAGGCAGAGGCCUAGUGAAGUUAUUAUUAAGAAUGCCUAUUCUAUACCGAGUCCCCAGUCGAGCCCCGAGCAGAUGGAGCUACCUGAGCCGGUGCUGAGCGGGCCGGGCUCCCCGGCGGACCAGCUGCCCACCAUCAGCCCGCCGGCACAGUACGCGCACUCUGCUCCCAGACAUACCAGAUCGAAUUCGCACUCGCAGCCGAGCAUGCGCGAGGAAGACGGUUGCACCAAUAUCAAUAGUCAUAAGUCGCUGCCCGACUUGCAUGUGCAAGCGCAUUGCUAUCCAGAACCCAGCGCGGCGGGCACGGAGACUCCGGGCCGAGCGUCGCGCCGGCGCCGCCACUCCGGCCACCACCGCACCGCCUCGUGCUCAUCCAAAGGCACCAGUUGUUACAGGUCGAAUCACUCGUCAAUGAUAUCGUCGUGCGAUGCUUUCUCCGAGCAUCCGUCGCCGGGCGAUGACAACUAUCAGUCCUAUAACAGCCGGUGCGGGUCGUCGUUCGCGCGCGACUCGGGCGGCUCGAGCGGGCACUGCACGCAGCGCAGUGCGCCGCCCCACCCCCCGCACCCGCACCACGCGCACCCCACCACCACGCACCACGAACACUCCAGUCGGUACGGGUCGCGGUGCCGGUCGCCAGCGGAGUGCUACGUGUCCGCGCCGCCGCAGUUCCAGGACGGCGCGCCCUCGCCCCCGCCCGUCCCCGCGACUGCCCCCGCCGCGACCCACCCCGCACCCCAUCUCUACUCCACGCACCCGCGCGUCGGCAUACACUUUCAGGCAAGCGCACCCCCUCCCCAGUUUCAAGACGAACCACCAAUGUACGACUACGGCGACUACGACUGCUCUUACAAAACUCCACUUAAAUGCCUUAACGUGGGACGCAAGGACUACGGAAACUCCAGGGAAUACUCUAGAUACCACGAACCCAGUACGGAGCUGGUGAACAAACAGCCUCAGUACCAAGAAGUGCGCAUGCGGCCUCGCAUCGACGACAAACAGGAGUAUGUCAACGCCUCUCAGAUAUGCCCGCCAGAAGAAGUGACGUCACCACUGGGCACGUUCAAACGCCAAAGAUGUCUGCGCUACAAGCAAAGGCGACCGAGACCGAUACUGCGUUCCAAAUCAGACAUAUCUGACAGGUACCGUCGUGCAGAGGGAUGCACGGACACGUGCGCGGAGGAGCGCGGCUCGGGAUCGGAGGGGGGCGGCGGGGGCGGGGGCGAAGGCGAGAGCACGCGCCUGCAGCAGUUCUUCGAGCGGCUGGGGCUGGAGGCGCGCCAAUACGACGCUCUGAUGCUGGCCGCGCCGCCCGACAGCCCCGUCUUCUUCUCCUCUGCAUCCACCGUGGACUCAACGCAGCUGCCGCCCGCUGCCGACUACACGGUGCAAGGCCCCGGAUUACAAAAGCAAAUAUAUCGUAACACAGAGCCGCCGAGCGUGGUGGAACGUAACGCCCGUAUCAUCAAAUGGCUGUGUCAGUGUCGCAAAACUCAAAUGCAAGCUCCUCAGUAG